AUGUCCGACUUCUAUAGCUCGGAAGAAAUCUCGGCUGCCCUCAAACAGAUCAAACACGACGUCAAUCUCCUAAAGAUUGAUGUUAAUUUCGAUACACCACGUGGUCCUAAAAAGAAAGACAAAAAAGACAAACUACGCGAGACCAUUCGCUAUUUAGGGCUAGUCCGCGAAAAAAAAUUAUCAACAGAGCUUCCUACAUACGUUAGCUCUAACUUACGGGUACCUAAUAACGACUCUAUUCUUAAAUUUAACUUCAAUGAAAUGAAAAACGACAUAUGCCAUAUGCUGCACAAUCAGCAACUCUAUCUAUGCAGCAUGCUGAACGCAGCCCCUCGAGUUCAUAAAAGUGAACUUAAUACCAACAACACCGACGUAAACAAUUGGCCACGAAGGCUCUUGGAGCACUGUUACUUCAAAAAAAAAAGAAAAUACACUCCAAUUACUGUAAGUUCCAAACAACCUGGGUCCUUCAAAUUAUCUGCAGCUCCUUUGCCUCCCAAAAAAAUUGUUUUUGGGGUAGGUAAAUUGAAAAGCUGCGUCAAAGAAGAGAUCCUUGAACAUCUGGAAACUAUUGGACUGACCGCUGCAGAAUGCGUACCAGUCUUUAAAUUCUCUCCCACUCGUCCUCAUCCUUCAACCAGUGAUCCAUCAACAAAAUUCCGCAUAACUAUUUUUAAACAUCAGGAAAUGAUUUUUACCAAUCCUGAAAAUUGGCCUAUCGGCGUGGAAAUUCACCCCUGGUUGUUUCAUGCUCGACCACAGCAUUUGAUAAAACCCACUACAACUUCACUACCAAAUCAUUAUCCUGUCGACCUACCAAAUGUUAAUACACCAUCGCUGGUCAACUCACAUCAGCAUGUAGAAAACACAGUUGAGGUAGCUUCCAUUUUAACUUCUUCGGGAAGAAUCACUCCAGCCAGUCGAGCCAGUCACGAUUGGCCCUUCUCAGCUGAUGAUCAACACUUUAACGCAUACAACACCCACAUCGACCCCACAAAGAACCUCCUAGAUUCAUUCACCAGACAGUCAUCCUACUAUACCACAAGAGAUCUACUCAACAUUCUAGAAGCCAAGUACAUCAACAAUCAUGAUCACCCUCUACCUCUACUUCACAUAAACAGCAGAAAGACAUGGCUGAAUGACGAAACCGCUAAACUAGUUCGUAUGAAUGAUUACAAUUUUGUUUUUAAAAAUAGGUUUGACAAAAUAGGUGGUGGAGUCGGAAUCUUCAUCAGAUCAGGCAUUGAAUUUUCUAUGAUAAACAAUUUGCUUCUGAACGACACCGUUAUUGACCUUCUUGGUGUCAAUUUAAAAUUAAACAACACACACACACACCCCUCUCUUCUAUAUCUACAAAACUCGCCUCAAAUUAAUCCAGACAAGCAUAAAUAUAACAGUGACAACUUCAACAACAACAUCAACAACACCAACAACAACAUCAACAAUAACAUCAACAAUAACAACAACAACAGUGCCAACACUGUAGAUACCAAUGCUACAACCCACAGCGCAAAUAUCAGUUGCAAUUGGAACAUCAUCAAUAGUGACAACCCUAACAACAACAUCAACAACACCAACAACAACAUCAACAACACCAACAACAGCAUGAACAAUAAUAACAACAACAGUGCCAACAAUGUAGAUACCAACGCCACAACCCACAGCGCAAAUAUCACUUGCAAAUGGAACAUCAUCACAAGAAGCAAGAAGAACCACAGCGAUGAUAAUAAUAAUAAUAACGUUAACAAUAAUAAUAAUGUUUUUAAAUAUUGUCAAAAUAAUAUUAAUAAUAUGUAG